UUACACCAAUGAGUCAAUGAACCUUAUCUUCAUGCGUUGAAAGUGCAAGUUGAUGCUCUGUGUACCCUCCUGCUUUUAUCAUUGUUGCUGUUGUCCUUAACAUCGCAAUUCUUGUAUUGUUUCCAAAUACUGAGAGCUUGUAUCUAACUAAUCGUAGCACCAAACCAAAGAUGGCGGACACUGUCAUUAGUGCUGUGCUAGGCAAGCUAAUUCCAGUUGCUACUGAGCAGAUCAGCCUUGUUUGGGGGUUCGAGGAGCAGCUGAAAGAACUUCAAGACUCAUUGACAACGAUUCGAGCUGUGCUGACUGAUGCGGAGAGAAGGCAAGUGAAAGAAGAGCUUGUGAAGCUCUGGUUGCUGAGGCUUAAAGACGUUGCUUAUGAUGUUGAUGAUGUGCUGGACGAGUUUGCUUAUGAGAUUCUCCGACGAAAGGUUGAGAUCCGAAACCAAAUGAUGAGAAAGGUAUGCUUCUUCUUUUCAUUUUCAAACCCUAUUGCAUUCCGAAUCAACAUGGCCAACAAAAUUAAGACUGUGCUCAAAUCUUUGAAAAAGAUUAACGAUAAUGCAAAAGAAUUUGGAUUUGCAAGCGCGGGAUCAAUAAAUGCAAUUCCUGAGGUCAUUCCAGGCCGAGAGACAGACUCCUCUCUUGAGGAUUCAAAGAUUGUAGGAAUGGGAGAUCAUGUCUCAAAAAUAGUAAACUUGGUGCUUAAUGCAACCAAUGAACAGCUGUCAGUCAUUCCUAUAGUGGGAAUGCCAGGUUUGGGGAAGACAACUCUGGCAAAACUAGUGUGUAAUCAUGAGCUAGUACAGAGGAAUUUUGAUGAAAUAAUAUGGAUAUGUGUCUCCAAUGAUUUUGAUGAUAAGAAGAUUUUGGGAGAGAUUCUUGAAUCCCUUACCAAGAACUCAUGUACGUUGCAACAGAAGGAUGCAAUACUUAAAUGCCUAAUAGAAAAGUUGCAAAAAAAAAGAUAUCUUCUCGUUCUUGAUGAUGUUUGGAAUGAAGAUGAUAGGAAAUGGGAUGCUUUAAGGAGUUGUUUGUUAGGAAUUAAUUCAUCUGCAGGAAACAAUGUUAUUGUAACAACCCGUAGUGACAUAGUGGCGAGGAUCAUGAAGACGAUUCAUCAGCAUGAGAUGGAAAAACUCUCAAACGAUGAAUGUUGGUCCAUAAUCAAGAAAAGAGUAUCUACAAAAGUAAGAAUUCCACUAAGUCAACGUCAGGAGGAUAUUGGAAGGGAGAUUGCUAAAAGAUGUCAAGGGAUUCCAUUAGUUGCAAGGGUUUUAGGAGGGACAAUGUCUAAUAAGAUUGAGGAAAGGGAAUGGUUGGCAAUUCAAAACAGUGAGGUUUGGAGUUCCUUGCAUGGUGAAAAUGAAAUCUUAUCAAUACUAAAAUUAAGCUUCGAUUGUCUUUCACCAUCUCUAAAAAGUUGUUUUACAUAUUGUGCCAUAUUUCCUAAAGAUUAUGAAAUGGGAAAGGAAGAUUUAAUUCAACAGUGGAUGGCUGAAGGGUUUCUUCAACCAUCGCAAGGAAAUUCUUCUGAGAUGGAAGACAUUGGUAACUACUAUUUUGAUAUUUUGUUGGCAAAUUCCUUAUUCCAAGACAAAAAAAUGGAUUAUUUUGGUGAUGUAAUAAGUUGUAAGAUGCAUGAUCUUGUACAUGAUCUUGCCCUCUUAAUUUCACAAGAAACCUUGCAUUUAGGGGGCAAUGUGAGGGAUGACAUUGACAAGUCUCACAUUCGGCGUUUAUCUUUUGUAUCCAAUGACGGGACAACACCAACAAUCCCACUAUCUAGAGAUGGCAUGCAUAAAUUGCGCACAGCUUUUUUGAUUUAUGCUAAUCUUGGGGACAAGUUAUUGGACUUAAAAUUUGUACGUGGUCUAAUAUUAUCUGGGAGUGGUAUAAUAUUAUCUGGGAUAGGAAAGAAAAAAAUUUUCAAGUCAAUUUGUGAAUUUAGACAUUUAAGGCUUCUUCAAGUCGAGGAGAGCUACAUCAGUGAAUUACCCAAUUCUAUUACCAAGCUCUACCACUUACAAACUCUAGCAAUCGAGUUUGCUCCUGGUCUAAGAAAGCUUCCAAAAAAUCUAAGAAAUUUGACUAACUUGAGACAUAUUAAAGUUAGUCAUGCGUACAUAAAACAAAUGCCAAUCAAUAUGGGGCAGUUGACUUGCCUUCGAACUUUGCCUUUCUAUUUCAUCGGUCAGGAAACUGGUCAUCGAAUUGAAGAACUAGGAUGCUUAAGCCAGCUCAGAGGAGGAUUAACUAUCUUCAAUUUGGAGCAUGUGAGAGAUAAAGAAGAAGCCAGAACUGCAAAUUUAGUGGGAAAGACGAGAGUACACAAGCUGGAAUUCCAUUGGUGUAGUGAAAGAGUAGGCAACAACAAUGAUGAGGAUGUAUUGGAAGGCCUUCAACCUCACCCACGUUUGAAAAGCUUAAAGAUAGAAAAUUUUGGGGGUGAGAAGUUCCCUUCAUGGAUAUUAGCGGGUGAUAAUAGUGGUGGUGGUUUGUUUCUUUUUAACCAUCUGUUGGAAAUCCUUUUAGUAGAUUGUAAUAAAUGCGAAAAAAUUCCUACACUUGGUCAUUUACCAUGUCUCAAGUUUCUUCAAAUAGAGGGAAUGGAUAAUGUGACAUGUAUAGGAACAGAAUUUUACAACAGUUACAGUGGUGUGGGAUCAAGUACCGGUAGAGAUGGCAGUGGUAGAAAUGCGUUGUUCCCAGCUUUGAAAAGGCUUGAUUUGCAGCGUAUGCCCAAUCUAGUGGAGUGGAAGGACCCGAUGGACCCAACAACAACAGGAAUGCUGUUUCCUUGCCUUGAGGAGUUAACCAUUAAAGAAUGUAGAAAACUGAUAAGUGCUCCAUGUCAUUUUCCGUCUCUUAAGAAAUUAGAUAUUCAGAAAACUUGCAGUACGACAUUCAAAAACAUUAUCAGCAAGGUUACCACGCUUAUGUCCCUUGAGAUUUAUGAUAUUUCAGAACUUUCUUGUCUGCCAGAGCAUUUAUGGCAAAAUAAUUCUACGAAUCUAAUGUCUUUGAAGAUAGAGAGUUGUGCUGAUUUGGUGUCCAUCUUUGCUGCCGCAUGAGGAUGAUGUAUGUGCGCCUUGCAUGUCUCUCCAAUCACUUUGUAUUAUCAAAUGUGAGAAAUUGAGUCAUUUGCCAAACACACUGCAAACCUUCAAUUCCCUUGAGAAAUUUGAAGUAAUCAGUUGUUCCAAUGUGAUGUAUUUUCCCAGUCUACAAGGUGUGGCACCCUUUCUUCGAACUCUACGGAUAUCAUUUGGUGAUGAAGUUUUCCCGUCUGGGCUGCAAUCCUGUACAUCUCUUUCGGAUUUGAGGAUAGGGGAAUGUCCUAAUCUGAAAUCAAUUCCAGAUAUGCCAGAAUUACAUUCUCUUAUCCACUUAGCGAUUUGGGAUUGUCCUAAUCUGAUAUCAAUUGGAGAUCUACGAGAAUUGCAGUCUCUUAACCGCUUACGAAUUAUCCAUUGCCAAAAGUUGAGGCAUCUACCAGAUGGCUGCCUCACCCGCUUGAAGCAAUUGUGGAUUGGUAAAUUUUGCGAGGAGCUUGAUGUUUCCACGAUUCUCUGUUCCAUCCAACACUUGCAGACAUCCCUUGAAGACCUUGUAUUGUUUGGGUGCGAUAAACUCAAUACUCCUCCGGACGAAAUUCUACGCUUCACUGGUCUCAAACGUCUGUCAAUGUAUGGAUGUACAUCAGAGAGAACUUUUUAUAAGUGGUUUAACCGUCGCAUGCCUCAUCUUGAUGUGGAUAUUUGGGCUACCGAGUUGGGCAGGCUAUGGUACGGCUGGUGGGAAUAUUGACACUAUGGAAUUAGAGAAUUUUGCACGAGGUGAUUGGUUAGACUCUGAACAACUACCGUCUGUCUCAGUCUCAGACAUGGUGGGUGGGAAGAUUAAUGGAAUGGAAAAACUUGUUGCUGGUCCAUUAGGUAGUGAAAAGAAGUGUGAAAAUGAGGAGGUUUUAGUAAUGGAAGAAUUUGUAAUUAUUAUCUAUUAUGUUCCGCUGGAAGAAUAAUCAAUCAAAUAAUCCACUCUCAGCUAAUGGAAGUUCAUUAUAGAGCUGAAAAAGGAAGGUCGAUUCAAGACCUGCAUAUAGUACUUACGAUUGCGAAAGGCUGAUGCAAUGCUCACCAUAUAAUGGAAACUACAAAUUUAUUAUUUCUCCAGUUGUCCCCAUCGAAAGGAAAGAUGUACCAAGGGAAAAAAGCCCAAGUGGUCCAAGAUUUUCCACAUUUAAUAAAAAUAGAAACUUAUGUCAUCCAACUGAUAGCAUCUUGAAGUUUAUGUAAUAUCAUACAAAUCCACUGAUUUUUAUCCAAGCAAUCAGUACUAAGAAAGAAACUUCAGUUGGUUGGCUUGGUUUCCAUGCUCUUAGCAUACAAGUAUGAGGAGGUUUCUGUUUCUGACUUUCUGUAGUUGGGGAUUUGAUUCUUAUAUCAGAUAAAGCGUACAAAAGGAAGGAGGUUCUGGAAAUGG